UCUUAUGCGUGUGCUCCCAACUGCCCGGAGUGAUGGAGGACGAGGCUCGUCAAGCAUUGGCCUGUCUCCUAAACCCAUUCGUCUCGGUUAUUCCGUAUUUGGUCGUUCCCUCACUUCCGUCUGCCCCGUUGUACCAAACAGUCACUCGCGCAAUGCCCGAGGCUAGCGCGAACCGUGUCCAACUCGCCGUACGUCUGAUCUCAGCCAAUAGACUUUAUCAACUCGGACUGACCACAUGGGAAAUCGGUUGUCAAGUUUUGAGCGCAUUCAACUGGAGUUUGCCAUCUGCGGCCGAUUGGCUUGUGGAUCGGUACAAUUGUGGUCGACGAUCAUGUUGGUGA